UGAAUUUGGAUAAUGAUCUGAAACAUUUAAGUGUGACAAACAUGCAAAAAAUAGGAAAUCACUUUUUCACACCACUGUAUGAAGUGAUGUUUCGCAUAUCGUCUCCUCUCAGUAAAAGGAAGUAAAAACUAAAGAGUUUAAGAGACAUCACACUCCUCUUUUGAAGCAUCUCACUCUGUCUGCUGAAGGCUAUGGUUAUCUCUUACCUCUCAUUUGGCAGACAGCUAGUGUCGCUCCCUCAGCUUGCUUAUUAAGUGCAGUGUGGUACAGCAUUAUCUUGAUAAAUGUUCCUCUUAUGGCACGGGAUAGGCUGAUGAAUCAGACAGCGUUGGGCUGUAUAUGGCCAGUUCUUCUCACUGUCACAGUGUGAUAGCAGACUGUGAGGUGGUAAUGAUCCACUGACAAGCUGAGGGGGAGGUCUGACAGGUUAUUCCAGGCGCUAUCAAUCCACUGAAAUGUAGCAGCGAUGCAGAAUAUGAAUAACUUGGGAAUGUGCACACGAGGUUUACCCUCAGAUAUUAAACGGUAAGUGGUUCACCUACCAGUAUUGAACAACUGCUGGGGGAUCCCAGGGAGACAUUAUUGCUUCAUUUUAUUUAACGCAUCUUAUUUUUGGGAGUUUAAUUCCAUCUUCCCUGUGUGAAAUUUUCUAAGUCAAAUAUCAUUUGGGAAUAUAAAAAAGGAAGUUACUCCUUAAAGAGCCAAAAGUUUUGCAGCUGAACUUCAGUGUCACGAGAAGUUCAAUUUAACCCGACUCUGAAAUGUCACCUGAAGAGAUCUUUAAAGGGUAAAAAAAAUAGAAUAAAAACCACAAGGAUGUCAUCACGAUCAUCUCAAAUCUGACCUGAGAUGACACGAUCUGGAUAGAGGAUUGGAGUUUGUUGGAUGAGGACGCUAAAGGUUUUUGACUGUAUCUCCUUUUGAGGUUACACAAUAUUUCACAAGAAAGAUGACAAACUUAAAGAAACUUUAUUACAGGGUCUUGCAGCACAGCUGAGACUGUCUACCUAGGUCUCAGCUUUGCAGCAGAAAGUUGGUACCAUUAAGAGUUACGCAUAACAUGCUAAGCUUUUUGUUCUUAACCGACACAUUAACCACAAAGCCUCCUACUGCUCAGGACUCAUCAGGCUCAUUCUAGGCAGCUUGCUUAUGACCUCCUUCCCCAGGCCUUGCUCCGUUCAAGGUGAGGUUUCUGAUUACUUUCCUUUUUUCCUACUUUGGGACAGGACUAACAGAACAUCUCGGAUCCAAGGAGCAAAAAUAAGCUUGCUCCAAAUGUUGUCUUCUGGGGUCAUGUUUAGAGAUAACGGGUGGGCUCGGAGUAGAGCCGCUGCACUAAAUAUAGUCUGCUGUGGAGGUUUGGGUAACCGACUAGGAUGACUCCUCAGAGACGAGGUGCGUUGAGGGUGUCCGAUUGGUCGGCAGAGUCUAGGACACACUGGAGAGAUUAUGUCUCUCAGCUCUGCAUUUCUGUGAAAGAGCUGGAGUCAAUUGCUGGAAGAAGGGGGGUCUGGGUGUUUUUGCUUAGAGUGCUGCCCAUGCAAACUGGAACUAUAGAAGAGGCAGAAAAUGCAUCCAACCACAGCUUCCUCCCACAGCCUAAUAGCAUGCAUGUUAGGUUAACUGGUGACUCCAAAUUGGCCAUAGGUGUUUGAAUGGUUGUCUCUCUGUGUUAGCGCUGUCCUGAGUGUAACUGCUGCUGACUCUUUGACAGCAGGGAUUGGCUCAAUCUCCACCACAACCCUAGAUGUCUUUCAGGUUUUCAUCACACUGUUUUUGGAGCAUUUAACCAGCACAAAAAUGGAUAUGAUACAACAGAUAAAUACAGGGAAUAUAUUAAUAAUAUCCAGUAUAUUUGUGUCUGAUCCCCAUCAUCUUUAAAUCAGCCAAUGAGUGACAUUGCUAAUGCCAUGAGGAUCCAGUUUACAUAACCUACCUCAAAAUUAAAGGUGACAUUUUUAUCAUACAGGAUGAAUAUUUCUUAUUUCUUUCCAGCAUCCAGCAGAUAGCUGGAUCACUGUGCACCACUGCUCUGAUGGACUUGGAGCCUUCCAAAACACCAGCUGUGCAAUCCUCCUAUCAAACCUUCAGCUCUUGCCUUUAUCUUCUUUGCGAGGCACAUUUUUUAAUCAUAAACCUGACCUCACAAAUCCGUUUGUAGUGUUGUAACGCGGGGCGUGCUCUCCACAUACACCGCUAAUCCUUGGAUCCUCUGAGUAGGACCAUGAUUUCUGGGACGGUGUUGCCAGGGGAAAGGUGGUGCCCAGGACCUGUUGGAAAUGACAGCUGAGGAAAGCGGAUUGAAGCGAAGGCAUCACAAUAACAUUAAAGAUAGAAGAUAGCGAAGAGAGUCCCUCGCGUCAGCGUGUAACGGGUGUGUGUCCGUUUGGGAUAUUUGGCAGCUUUAGCCUGACAGCUAAUCAUUUCACUGUGAACCGCGACUCGUAAGCUAACGACACCCACUCUCGCUGAGUGUGUGUGCAUGUGGGUGCAUGCAUCUGUAUGGGUUAUGUGUGUGUGUAUACAUUUCAGUGUGGAUGUGUGUGUGUGUAUGACGCUGCGCUUGGAUUCACUGUCCCCAUCUGUCACGUUAGCUAGCAUGCUAAUUUGAUGAGCUAAUAUUGGCUAAUAAAAGAAAUUAGCCGACUCUGGGCGAGGCACCGCACAGACAUUAUCACUGCGAGUCAGACCCUGAGCUAAUGCGAUAGUACACACUGAUUGCAAUCUCUUCUAAGCAGAACAGCGUUAUUUGCUGCCUUUAAAGAAUCGCUUAAGAAGCCUGCGUUGACUUUUAGACAGCAGUGUAGCUAAUUUUCUCGGCUAUUAGCUUUGUAGCUAGAAGUGGGGGGGGCUGGCUCGCUAAUUGACCCAGUUUGGUGGGGCAAGGGCCAAGAUAUCAUUCCGCUCGACUGAGCUUUGUUUACAUUACAACUUUUAGGCUUCUUACUUUCAGAGCACGUUAUUUAAUGCAAUUAUUCAAGCCUAUUAAAGGACAGCAGUAUUUUUAACAGCACAUCAUUGACGUAAUGCAUUCCCAAAUACGCUAAACUCUUUAAAAACUCCUGUCCCGCAAUUAGUCCGGCCACCUGAGGCACCAUGUAGUACAUUUAACUUCACAGACUCAUUCCUUUGCUCAUGGUCGUGUUUACAACCAAAUUACAAGUCUGUAAUGUCAUUAAAAAAGUAAUAGCUCAGGUUUUAUUAAACGGUAUGUAUGUUUUUGAGUUUUACUUUCUGUAGAUACAUUGACUCUCCUUUAAGGAAGUGAACACUUGUACUCUGGGGGUGUUUCUACAAUGUCUCCAAGAGGUCAGGGUUAUCAUAGUUAACCAAAACUAACGUGAGAAAACACGUUUUAGUUAAAGAAAAUAAAAACAAAAACUAGACUUUUGUUAAAACUAACUGAAAUGAUUUUGGGAACCUACGAAAGAUACGAAAAAAAAAUAUAUAGAGCUGAUAUCGUUAGUUUUAGUACUUUUAGUAAAUGUGUUAUUGUAACUUUCUUCAUGAGGCUUUUGUUGGUCAUGUUUAUUGCGACUUUGGAUGGCUACAAGACUGCGAGUCUACUGCUUUCAAAAGGGUUGUAGAGAUGGAGUCCCUGAUGAGCGCGGUGACUCCACGCUCCCCAGCACCCGCCAAGAAACUUUCUGAGGUGGACUUCCGCUCAGGGGCAACCCUGGAGCAGCUGUCGGCACAGGUAUCUGAACUGGUACUGCUGGAGCAGGGGGAGUUUGGAGACCAGACCGCCUUAGAGGUCCACACUGCCAAGGACUUCAUCUUCAACAUGCUAGGCUUAGUUCAGAAAGUGGACCAGCGCCUCCCGGUGGCCAACGAGUACCUGCUGCUCUCUGGCGGGGCCCGUGAGGGCGUCUUGGACCUCAACCCCGAGGAUCUUGGGGACUAUGCCAAAGGGGCCGACUUUGACCUGGACUUCACCCUGUUGGUGCCCGCCCUUAAGCUUCACGACCGCAACCAGCCAGUCACUCUGGACAUGAGACACUCCCCGCCCUGCCACUCGUGGCUCAGCCUUCGCCUCUGUGACUCCAGCAUCCUGUCCCGCUGGAGCAUCUGCUGCCAGGAGGAGAAUGGGCAUCCCACUGAGGAAGAGGAGGAGGAGGAGGAGGAAAUGGGUAAAGGCUCCAUCCCCUCCCUGGGCUCCCCUCAGUCUCUGGAUGGAUGCUACUUCUCUCCCGCCCUGGUGACGGACUGGUUCUGGGGGGUCGUGAGCGAGGCUGUAGAGGAGCUGAGGCGCAGCCCCCAAAGAGGCAUCCCCACCCCAGACCGCCUGGAGAGAAACGGACCCCUCACUACUAUUAUUCUGCAGGCAGGCUCGAGCCGGGUGCUGUACGACCUUCUGCCGGUGGUGUCGUUUCGAGGCUGGCCCGCUGUGGCCCAAGGCUGGCUGACUGCCAACCACUUCUGGGAUGGGAAAAUCACAGAGGAGGAGGCCAUAUCUGGCUUCUAUCUGCUGCCCUGCUGCUCCCCGCUGGGUGGUCGGCCCGACAGGGAGUGGAGACUGGCGUUCUCACGCAGCGAGGUUCAGCUGAAGAAGUGCAUCCCCUUCCCCAUGGCCCAGGCGUUCCAAGCAGCCAAGGCCGUCCUAUCUCGUAUCCUGGCCCGUCCACGAACAGGCCUCAGCCUCUACCACCUGCGCACCCUUCUCUUCUGGGCCUGUGACCGACUUCCUGCUGCCUACCUGUCCUGCCCGGACACCGACACACCCGGCCGCCUCCUCCUGGGACUCCUGGAUGAUCUGGCUCAUUGCAUCCUGGGUAAAAACUGUCCAAAUUACUUCCUGCCCCAAUGCAACAUGUUGGAGCAUCUGACAGACGGCCAGGCACUCCUUGUCGCCAGGAAAUUGGCCCACGUGCGCUCUGAUCCCAGCGAGCACCUGCGGGCGGCUCUGGACCAAGCCCAGCAGGCGGGCCAGCUGAAGAAGGAGCUGACAGCAAGCACUAACGGCCACAACUCCCCUGGGCAUCACUCGGCCAACGGCAUCAUCUCACCUUCAGAGGACAAGCUGGCGCAGCGGCUCCAGCAGCUGGUCACAGAGAACCCUGGGAAAUCCAUAUCCGUCUUCCUCAACCCCGAUGAUGUCACCAGGCCACACUUCCGCAUCGAUGACAAGUUCUACUGACGCAGACACGCUGCAGGGAAGACGUAUGGAAUUAGGUGUGUUUAGCUAACAAACACACUGAAGAACGCUGUGCACACGCCUCCUGUUUGACCAUCCUACGGCGAUGAAGCCGUGCUGCUCGACUGACUCUUUAAACCAAAAACACUCAUUUCUCACUACUGAAAAAAACGAAACAAAAAACGUCCAGUUUACACGACGUUGCAUAAUGGACAUGAUGUCACCAAGCUGUUGCCACGGAGAUGGCCCUCUCCUAACGAGCUGGCCUUAACAAGACUUAUCAGCUGGUGCUGAAGACAAGGGCCGGGCUUUAGUCACGAAAAAUAAGUCCAGUGGAGAUGAACACAAAGUGUGUGUGUGUGUGUGUGUGUGUGUGUGUGUGUGUGCAUGUUUGCCCAAGAGUUUUCAUCCAUUACUUACACUUCUGAAGUCAGCGGGAGAAAAGCUCCAUGUUUGGUGCAUUUCUCCCUUUUUUAUUCCAGAUCAGAGUGGGCGAUAGCUGAAUUAGAAAGGAAAAACAAGGUGUGACUGAUGUAACUGAAUGUAAUGUUGUAAGGAGAACUGCCGAGUCUUUAUAGUCUCUUUUCUCUUUAAGCUAUAUUUUAGCCCUUUUUUUUUUUUUGACCCUCAUGCCUCAAUUUAUGACUUUUUUUCCUCCUCACUUUAAAAAAAAUCUUUCUCAGGUAUGCACAACCCUGUUUUUGUAGGUCUAUGAUUAUAAUGUUUCAUGUCAAAUACAUUUCAUGGGGUGAUGGAAUGUACCAAAGAGCUACGUUUGAGCAGAACAAACACGUUUUAACAUGUGUCGACAUCGUACUCCACACGGUCAGAAUGUUUGUUUGCCUUUUAUCCUUUGAAAGUCUCACACCGGCAUGUAAAAUGGUAAAAGUGACCCUAAAAUUAUAGUUUAAAAUGUGUGUAAAGAGUGGAUCAAAUACAAAGUGCAAAACUUGCAGCAGAACAAGAUUAUCGGAGCACGGUGACAGUUUGAGAAAGUAAUGGUUUCAAAAUAUGAAAUUAUAAGUUUGAGUCUAAAAUGUUUAUGAUUUAAAACUCAUAAAGCUAUAUAUAAUUAGAAGAAACUAGGAGUAGGGAAAAGGGAGCAGGGCCUUUAAAAUAAAUGUAAUAAAUGAAUGAAAAACAUUUAAGUUCUGGUAGGUAAUCGGCAAAGAAAGGCAAUUUAAUUUUUUUCCAAUACCAAUAUAAAAGUAAAACUGACGACUGUCAGUUUUCAUGCAGUGAUAUUACCAUGCAACUCCUAUAAGUCAUAUUAGUGCAAUGAUAAUGUUUCAAGUUUAUUUAGGGUAGCUAUGCAGCUCUUUAGUUGUUUUGCACCUCUAAUUUUAUUCCUCUGUCACAGUGAAAACUGUUCAUGCAAACGAUAAUGAGAAAGGAGUCAAUAGCUAAAGUGUGCCAGACGUUUUAUCUCAUUAGCGCUCGACUUCUUGCUUACUGACUGACUGUUAGCAAGUUGUUAGAAGCCAUUUUUUCCCUCCGCUUUAGUAGAACUGAAGCGCAUCAAAUGAUAUCCCACACACAAAAACAACACAGUGAGAAGAAAGGAGAAAGAACCUGGGUGAGCUAUUGUAACUGACUAGUGCUAGCAUGCCUUGGGUGCUUGCUUUUAGCUGUUAGCGUGCUGGCUACAGUAGUACACUGCCUCUUCCAGAGCCACAACAGUUACUUCACUAUGGUACUGAAACCGGUAUGUACAUUAUGAACUACUGUUUGAUUAUAAAAAAAAAAGGAAGCUUUUUUUUCUUAAAAACUAAAAGCAUCUGUUAACUUUGUUAAUUUAAGACAGCUGGCACACAGCUAGCAUCUGUAGCAUUACCUUUCUCAAGUCAAAAAGAGUAAAAUAAUGUAAAAAGAAUGAGAGGGAGACUGUCAGUCAGCUAAGCUAUUGUCAAAGAUGUGGCUCAGCUUUGCCAUUUCACUUGCUGGUGUGAGAAUAAACUAAAAUUCAAGCAGUUCAAGAAUUUAAGAAAUUGCUGGUACUGCUAAGUUAUCACUGUAAGUUCUAGAUAAAUCCAUAAAACUUUAAGCUUUUCAGUUUUGACUUUUGAGUGCUAUGGUAGGCACUUUAAAAGGGGAUUAAGAAAACUGAGAAUACAAAAGGUAACUAUAAAGCAGCAACUAUACUCUGCUUGUUGUGUGAUGACAUAUGGACCCUGUUUCCAGGUCCAUUUAGUCAGUUUUGUGCAUGGCGGCACUCGUCUCGCUGCUGUACUUCUCCAUAAAGUACCCCUCUGUACUUUAUGGAUAAAAAGUACUCACCCCAAAGCAUAUCUAAUUAAUUGCCUUUGCUGCUGUGUUGAUAUUCGCAUAACAACACUUCUGUAGUCAGCCAGCCUGACUUCACUAACACUCCUUUUUGUUUAAAGUUAUAGCUUUUGUAUACUUUAUGAACACUUCAUCAAGUAGCUAGCUAGCUAACUUCACUAAACUUUGGACGUCAUCUUUUUAAUGACCGCCUGGAUGCUACACAUGAUUGUACACAGUUAAUUGGAGUUGAAUGAAUUUGGGCCGUUUUAACCCUCAAAGCUGCCUAAAAGGUGUUUACUUUUGCUCACCGAAGGAGAAUUUGGACGCAGAAAUAGAUAAUUCUUUUUUGGCGCUAUUGUGUACUACAGCCACCACUAAGUCUACAUACUCCAGUACAUCUCUUCGUUUUAAACAUUGUGUAAGCACAUCCAUUCACGUACUGUAGGGGAAACACACAGUUUAGUGUCGUUUUUGGAGGCUAUUUUUGACUUGACUGCUUCUGGUAAUUGUCGCGUCUCCUCCGCUUGAUUAGUCUUUUUUUUUUUAAUGAGCUUCAUGUGCUUGUAUAUGCGCCGACGUGUGUGUUCACUGAGAGACGAACCUUACAGCAGGGUGCAGACAGACACCCAAAUGGUGACUGUGUAAUUUCCCCCCUCCGUGGGUGCAGGUGAUUUGAAGUUGGCCUUUUAACUUCACCCCACUUCUUCUGGCAACUUGCUGGUCCAAACACGCACACACACAAAAAGCUCUUUAUACUUGGUAUCACUCCAGCACGCUGUUUACUCUGUUAGCAGACGCUCUCCUGCAGCGCCACUUCGCUGAUUUGAUUACAAGCCGCUGCAGCAGAAGCGAGAAGCAAAUCCAGAUCACUUCCACUUACAUGGAUUUAGAGAGAGUUUGUUUUGCUUAAGUGAAUUUGAGACUGCAUGGCUAAAUUUUGAUUCAAUUAGUUGACCCGACACUGCAAUGCUGCUUUCAGUGUUGGGUACAAAACACAACAAGCACACGAGUGGGUACAAGUCUCCUUAAAAAUCAGGGUGGUGGUUGAUUUUAAACUACUGGUUAGAAUGUUUCAGGUGUCCUGUGUUACACUGUCAGCUAUUGUGUACUUACUACUGAAUGAUUUUUAAAAGUAAAUAAUAUGUGUGCGCGUGUGUGUGUGUGAGCCUGAGGAAAACCAAAGUGUGUUGUCGAGGCUGUACAGAAUGUCUCAGCAUGGUGUGUAUUCAGCUGUUUAAGGUGGACUGGGUGUUUUCAGCACUUUCUCCAAGAUGGGCCGGAUUAUGGCUGCCCAGACAAGAUUUGAUGACGGCGUUUAUUUAUUGGAGCGUAGAGGUGUGUUUAAAACGUGUCACACCUUAACAGGCCUAGUUAGAGAUUACUAGACACUGGAAACAAUCAAUGUUUUUACCUGAAUUGUUGAAUUGUACACAUAAAAUCUUUGGGGUAUUAGUAUUGAUUCAUAGAUAUGCAAACAACACCCCCGAAUCAGACGGCCUGUGUGUAGAUUUAUUGUCGAUGUAAAAAACGAGGGAUUGAGUCACUAUCUGCUCUCCAGGAAUGAAACACCUGAACACAUCACUGUCUUCUCUUUGCUAUUCUCCUUAAUUAAAAAAAACCCUUUUGGUUAUUAAAACUUUUGAAUGUAUCCUCCAUAUCUUUCUAAUUUGUUCCCUACUUGAGAUCAGUCACCCUUCACUGUUAUCUAAGCAGAUGUAGUGUGCUCUAUGCUCAGGCACUGAGAUAAGCAUCUGUAGCGAGUCAGUCCACAGUUUGAGAAAUUGAAUUUCAUAUCUCUCUUAUUACUUGAGUUCUUUCUCUAUUUUUUUCUUUCUUUCUUUAAAAAGAAAAAGCAAGUUUUUAUUUCUCCCUAUGCUGACUGAUUUGCUUUAUUUAUUACCGUUUAUGUUCUCGGGGUUUAUAUUGAUUGAUCUUAAAGCUUUAGCAUGAAAUAAAACAUUACUUUUAAAAUGCUACCACGUGCUGUUCUUUGAUUAUGUGUGCAUCAUUUUUAUAAGGAUAAAACAGUGCUCUGUUUCCCUGUGACUAGUCUGCAGUCUAACAGAGCACGGCAGUCUUUAACAUCAGCUGCAACACGCGUUUAAUCCAACAGAGGGCACCACAGGACAGCGUUUACAGCGAGGCCGCUACAGACCCGCCCCACUGCUGCUCUGAUAAGAAGCUGAUGUUGGAUUCUGUCAGCGUCGGUACGCUCUCGUGAUGAAUGUCAGCUUAAAACUGGUGCUAACCUUGCAGCCACAUCUCAGUCAAGUUCUUUAUCCAAGUCACAGCAACAAAGUCAGUUCUGUUUUCUGGAUGCGGAAAGGUCAGAGGUCAACCUCGAAGCCUAAGCAACACAGAUUCUUGCUGAUCUAUUGGUAAAAGACGUUUGACAACAUGUAAGAGAUGAAUGAAGAGAAAUAAAUACACAUAUUUUAGGACCCCUUUAUUAUAAACACAUUUUUUUUUAAUGUGAUAUCUUCAACUUGUGCACACAACACUGCUAACAACCAAACAAAUGGAGCAGAUUACAUACAGCCUCGCUUUGAGGAGAGAAAAAGUUACUGCUUGGAGUUUCAGACACCAGCUUUACUUCAUCAUUAUUGUUAUGGCAGUAUUAACCUAAACGAACUUUGAACUGGGUUUAUUCUAGGUUUACUUCAGAAAACUAGUACUAAUCUAAAUCUACAAACUUCUUCCAUUUACCAAAAGACCACCGAACAGCACAAGGCUGAUGAAAUUGAAUAGUUCACCUUCAUGUCUGUUAAUGUCAGCUUGUUCUUAAUGUGGAGCUUUCUUUAUUUUCUAGCUUGAAUAUUUCCCUGCUCUCUUACUUUUGCUUUCUUGUC